GGUAUAAAUUCGCCUUGAGUUUGUAUAAAUUCGCCUUAUUGGUGACGUAUAAAAAAUAAUCGAAAAACGAUAUAUGCUUUGCCGGUUAUAUUGCAUUUAUUAACUUUUGUUCUAUAAAAUAAAAAAAUUGUGUGUAGUCUUUAAAACAUAACUUUAAAAUAAAAAUUUGCAUAUCAGCAAAUAAAAAUUGCGGCUAAAGCGAGAAUAUCUACUGAUGUGCAUUAUAGACUGAAAAGAAAGGUUGAUAAAAUUAGCAAAACGAAACUAAAUGACGUUUACUGAUUAUUUGCAUUACGUUACCAUUGGUAAUCCUGUGAGCAAAGCUGUGGUGUCAGGGGUUUCGUCUUUGUAUACUCGAGGAACGGCUGCUAGUACAAGCUCGUCAGCAGUAAAAACUACAACCGACGGAGCCGCCACGAAAGUAAUGGGAAGCGUUAUACCACCAUUAUGGAAACUCGCUGGUCGCAACCACAACUUUGUCCGACUGGCAGGUUUAAGCGGGGCUUCGGCUGUUAUACUCGGUGCAAUUGGUAGCCAUAAACUGCCCCCAUCCCACGAAAAAGAUGAAUCCAAAACUAUAUUUGAAACUGCCAAUCGUUUUCAUUUCUUCCAUUCGCUAGUCCUAUUGGGUGCGCCAUUGGCAAGAUAUCCAGCUCUAACUGGUACUCUUAUAUUUACUGGAACAUUCCUGUUUAGUGGCACUCUUUACUAUCGUGCAUUCACCGGAGAUAAACGUUUUGCACGAUUCGCUCCCUACGGUGGUUUUUGCCUGAUUGUUGGUUGGUUGACUCUACUGCUGUAAGGGUUUAAUUUAUAAUUGCCUAAAAUGAUUAUAUGUAAAACUACAGUACAGCCAAGAAUUCAGAAGUCGUUUCCACGUGUACUCAUAUUUCUAUAGACCGCUGAUUGAACUGCUCAUAAACACGUUAAAUUGGUAGCGGACCCAUUUAAUACUAAAAUAAAUUGGUUCGGUUGUUUUUACUAAAAUUGUA